CCGCGGUAGUCUCGCCAGAGGCUAGCCGCUUUGGUUGACCAUACCAAAAAUCUGGGGACAGCUGCAUGGGCAAAUACAUCCCACCACCUCUGCUGACUGACGAGACAAACCCCUCCAAUGAUACACGAUUAACCCGGCGUUUCUGACACUUCCAACUAUUCAUCUGCGCGUGCCUCCCUCAACCCACACUGCCAUACUUCGCCACGCGCCUUCUCUGCCUCGAUGACACUGCAAGAAGCCUCCAGGCCUCGAAGUAUUCGAGACGACACAACCCAACCGCUGCAGCCCCUCCCCCCGUCGUCGCGAGAGUUGGGAGAAGUCACUCCCCCCAAACAGCCAGAUGGCGCACCGGUAGCGAAACAAGAUCCCAAGUCUGGAAAGUCAUGGGCGCAUUUUGUCGCUGGAGGCCUCGGUGGCAUGGCCUCGGCGACUUUGACAGCCCCGCUGGAUGUCCUGAAGACUCGUCUGCAAUCUACUUUCUACCAACAGCAUCUCGCCGCAAUGCGUUCCGCCCGUGGCCUACCCCCAAUCGAAACCAUGUCCUUCGGUCGCAGCUCGCUCCUCCACAUCCGAGAAACUGGAGAGAUAUUAUGGCAGGUUCCCAAGGCAGAGGGAUGGCGGGCACUUUUCAAAGGGUUGGGUCCCAAUCUUAUCGGCGUAGUCCCCGCACGCGCAAUCAACUUCUUCGCAUAUGGAAACGGCAAGCGGCUGAUCAGCACACACUUCAACAAUGGCCAGGAGGCAGCAUGGGUGCAUCUCUGCAGUGCGGCUGCCGCCGGUAUUGUGACUGGAACCGCCACCAACCCCAUUUGGCUUGUCAAGACGAGAUUGCAACUUGACAAGAACACACACGCGGAUGGCCGCGGGCGCCAAUACAAGAACGCAUUCGACUGCACCAUGCAAACUGUACGGAAAGAGGGUGUUCGCGGUCUGUAUCGCGGAUUGACUGCCAGUUACCUGGGUGUUACUGAGAGCACAUUGCAAUGGAUGCUGUACGAGCAGAUGAAGCUAUCGCUGGCACGGAGAGAAGAACGUGUCAUCGCUAGCGGAAAACCACCAACUGUUUGGGACCAGACUGUGGCGUGGACUGGCAAAUUGACGGCUGCCGGAUCAGCCAAGUUCGUCGCUGCGCUCAUCACAUAUCCACAUGAGGUCGUCCGAACACGUCUAAGGCAGGCACCAAUGGAAGACGGCCGACAGAAGUACACAGGCCUCGUUCAAUGCUUCCGAUUGAUCUGGAAAGAAGAAGGCAUGGCGGCGCUCUACGGCGGUCUGGUGCCUCACAUGUUCCGUGUGGUACCCAGUGCCGCUAUUAUGUUCGGUACCUACGAAGGUGUACUGAAGUUCCUUGGAGAGAGCAGUAACAUGUGAUGAGUUGACGUUUUUGGCAUACAGGUGUAGAUGAGUACAGGUUUUGAUGCAUAGAAACGGCGUUAUGAAAAGUUGGGACCUUGGGACGCAUAUAUGGCGUCUUGUAUCACCACUCAGCUCUGAUUGAGCAUGUACUUGUAUAAUGUUGGUUACACGGGAGCAUAUACGACGACAUGAAAUCUGUGGAUACGGUUUGUGGUAGACAUUUGAGACCAGUAGCAAACGUGCGCAGCUCUUCUCUGGAAGAAUAUCUCUUGUAAUUACAACGAACAUGUUGCAUUGCACAUUAUUGUUCUUCUUCCAAUCUGCGGCUUGCAGUAAAUACGUAGUUUCAAAAGGCACC